GAUGUCAUAUCCGUUGUCCAGGUCUCUACACCUCUUUCAGCAGUUACUCCCUUUAUCUAUUCCUUGGGUCAAAACUUUUGAGGUGGGCUGGCUAUAUAGCCGCAGGGGAGAGGGUAAACUAGGGCGCGCAGGUUGGAGGAGCUUCAGCACCGCGGCCAGCGCCCACUGCAGCCCAACCCACUCUCUAGAGCUCCCGGACUCCCAGCUCUGAGAAUGCCUGCGGAAUGAUCGCCCCCCAGGGCGGCUGCCGCCGCUGCCGCUGCUGCUGUUAUUGCUACUGCUGCUGCCGCCGCCUCUGCUUCCACUCUGCUCUGACUGGCAGGCAGAAAGUGCAACUGACGAGGGAAAGGUCUCUGCAGUGAGUGGAGUGCCUACAUAAAAGAGAGUAAAGAGGGGGCAAAAACCCAGAUCAGAAUGCGGGCGACGUCCAGCCUUCUCAAUCUCCUGCUGCUGUCUUUGCUUGCUGGAUUAGACCCUUCCAAGACUCAGAUUAGUCCUAAAGAAGGGUGGCAGGUGUACAGCUCAGCUCAGGAUCCUGAUGGGCGGUGCAUUUGCACAGUUGUUGCUCCGGAACAAAACCUGUGUUCCCGGGAUGCCAAAAGCAGGCAACUUCGCCAAUUACUGGAAAAGGUUCAGAACAUGUCCCAGUCUAUUGAGGUCUUAAACUUGAGAACUCAGAGAGAUUUCCAAUAUGUUUUAAAAAUGGAAACCCAAAUGAAAGGCCUGAAGGCAAAGUUUCGGCAGAUUGAAGAUGAUCGCAAGACACUUAUGACCAAGCAUUUUCAGGAGUUGAAAGAGAAAAUGGAUGAGCUCCUGCCCUUGAUCCCCGUGCUGGAACAGUAUAAAACAGAUGCUAAGUUAAUCACCCAGUUCAAGGAGGAAAUCCGGAAUCUGUCUGCUGUCCUCACUGGAAUUCAGGAGGAAAUUGGUGCCUAUGACUAUGAGGAGCUACAUCAAAGAGUGCUGAGCUUGGAAACCAGACUUCGUGACUGCAUGAAAAAACUAACAUGUGGCAAGCUGAUGAAAAUCACGGGACCAAUUACGGUCAAGACAUCUGGAACCCGAUUUGGUGCUUGGAUGACAGAUCCUUUAGCAUCUGAAAAAAACAACAGAGUCUGGUACAUGGACAGUUAUACUAACAAUAAAAUUGUUCGUGAAUACAAAUCAAUUGCAGACUUUGUCAGUGGGGCUGAAUCAAGGACAUACAACCUUCCUUUCAAGUGGGCAGGAACUAACCAUGUUGUCUACAAUGGCUCACUCUAUUUUAACAAGUAUCAGAGUAAUAUCAUCAUCAAAUACAGCUUUGAUAUGGGGAGAGUGCUUGCCCAACGAAGCCUGGAGUAUGCUGGUUUUCAUAAUGUUUACCCCUACACCUGGGGUGGAUUCUCUGACAUCGACCUAAUGGCUGAUGAAAUCGGGCUGUGGGCUGUGUAUGCAACUAACCAGAAUGCAGGUAAUAUUGUCAUCAGCCAACUUAACCAAGAUACCUUGGAGGUGAUGAAGAGCUGGAGCACUGGCUACCCCAAGAGAAGUGCAGGGGAAUCUUUCAUGAUCUGUGGGACACUGUAUGUCACCAACUCCCACUUAACUGGAGCCAAGGUGUAUUAUUCCUAUUCCACCAAAACCUCCACAUAUGAGUACACAGACAUUCCCUUCCAUAACCAAUACUUUCACAUAUCCAUGCUUGACUACAAUGCAAGAGAUCGAGCUCUUUAUGCCUGGAACAACGGCCACCAGGUCCUGUUCAAUGUCACCCUUUUCCAUAUCAUCAAGACAGAGGAUGACACAUAGGCAAAUGUUUUCAUUGAUCUAAACAGUGUAAUUUGUGAUAAACUCUAUAGGACCCCUUCUGUCUUUUUCUUUAUUAUUAUUUUUCAUCAUUUCUCCAAAGCAAAGCAUUUUUUAUUGUAAAGUUGGUGUUUCAAAAACUAGCUGAGCUUGUCUAACUUACCAUGUUGGAAACACAUCUUAACUUCUAAAUCUGCAAGGCUUAUCAUGUCCUUGUCAUAUAAAGCACUAAAAAAAGAGUUUAAGUGGCUAAAGUCAUAGUUUUGCAAGAGAUUAAUGAUCUGCCUUAUAUUAGAGUCAGAGACUAAUGGCGGCUUAAAUGCAUGAAUGUCUUUUUUUCAACUGUCAUUUUUUUCUGUCUUUUGCUCCACAUCAGGAAAUAUUUUGGUAGGAAUUAGAAGAACAAAAAGCACUUUUACCCCAUAUAUUUCUUUUAAAAAAGUAAGGAUUUCAUUUAUAUUGAAAAAUAACAUUAAUCAUUUUGCUGUUAACACAAUUCUCUGAUGCGGUGCUGUACAGUCAUUUUUAAAUCUCUUGCUAACAAUUUAAUGGCAGUAUGUAUUUCUACCAUUGUAACCACCAUUGUGCUAUUGUAUCUCUUCACUUCUGUGAAAGUAAUAUUUUUUAUAAAAUACACUGAAAUUUAAUCUCAGUAAAUGAGUCCAUUUUCAAGUGUGGUCAAGAAGAAUUUUCUUGGCUUACCCCUUUACGUAAGCAUUAUGACCUAAAAUGAAAACCAAACCAGAUACCUUACAUAGUGUCUUUAUUUUACUCCACGUUUAUUGGGCCACUGACAUUGAAGGCAAAACCUAAUUUCGUACACCUGAGUUACUCUGUUUACUCCACUGAAUGCAACACAUACAGUUUCUCAAACAAGAUGCAGCUGGAUUCUAAAUAUUGGAUUUGAGUUGACUCUACUCAUACAUUACACGCACUAAACAAAUUUUGCUCUUCAUAGUUAAAUGUACAAGUAUUUAAUUUAUAUUUUACAUACAACUUGCAAUAAUGAAAUUCCUUAUAUUAGAACCCUGAAAAGUACAUAAGCACAUUUGAAAACUCUAAGAAAAGAAAAUUUCUGUAAUGUCCUCUAGAUUUACAUUAUGAGCCCUCAGGAGUUAUUGGCAAGAUUUGUGCAAAAGAAAAUGAUGGGGAGAUCUGGGAGUUGUCUUUGUGAUUUCAAAAGUUUAAAUAAUCAACUCAGAAAACAAAAUGGAAAAGCAACCCUUUGCUACCUUGAUUCACUGUAUGAGGAAAAAUAAUGUAACCCAAAGAAAGGACAUUUACUAAUACUUAUGUUAAUAACUCUAUAAACAUAUAUGGAAACUAACGAUUUAAAAAGUAUAUUCUAUAAUAAAUAAUAUAACAAAUUAUUUUAAAUGAUUAGUUUCACACAUACAUACUACCACUAUGUUCUUUGAAAGAUAAGGAUGUAAUAAUUUAGGUAAAGCAUCAUGUAAAGAAAUUCUAAUAUUUUAAUGUAAUUUAUUUCAAAUGUUAGAAGUAAAGCAUCAUCCUCAAAUAUCUCACUGUCGAAAUUGUAGAAUUAAAUAACCCAAUCUUGAAACUGUCAAGGUUUAACAAAGGUUUCUUUUUUUGGUUACAAAAACUUAGCAUGAUUUAAUGACUAUUCUGGGUCCUUUUGCAAUAUUUUAUUCUUUUUUUUACAAGUUUACAUAAGCUUUAGUUUGCUAUUGGGAGUUGGAAAAUUUAGGAGAUUCACUUGUCAUUGUACACACACAACAAAAAUAAUCAGUCUAUGUUCCAUAUAUUGAGUUUGUAUGAGGAAAAAAAGUCACUUUAAUUUUCAAAAUGAAUGAAUUUUUGAGUAGACAGCCUCCAAUAGAUGUCUGGAUCUUCAUUAUUUGUUUUUUUUUAAAUGAUGUUAUAUGGCACCAUAUACAUUCAAAAUUUGGGUGAUCGCAGCUUAUUCAUGAGGUAUGAAGCUUGCAAAGCACUUUAUUGUUUUCUAAGUGAGAUUUUAUCACCAUUUCCACUUUGUAGUGUAUGUGCUUCUAGAGCAAGCACAAAUUUGAUUAUUGUCACUAGAAGUGGGGUAACAUAAGUUUAAAAAUGUGAUAAUCAUUGAACAUUCACAGAUUAAAAGCAUUUUUCAUAAUAAAUUAUUAUGAGUUUUGUGCCUGAAAUAAAUAAGAACUUACUCUAUUCAGUGUUUUUUUAAUCUCCAACAAAUAAAUCUUCUGAGGGAAAUAAUAAGUAUUUUUAAAUCACGCACAUAAUCAAAACAUUGGAGAAAUCCAAGCUAAGAAGUCUUAAUCCUAACUGAACUAUGUAACUGAUAUUUUCUGAAUUAACCAGAUCAGUAACAAGCUUUCAUAUCACUCAAAUAAUAACAUGUUCAUGGUCUGAUUGUGUUUGUGUGUUAUUUGUGGCGCUUGAAUCACAAUGCUUAUUACUUGCACCUGAACUUAUAUCUACAACUUCAGAAAAUGGUAGUAUUUCACUAUGUUUCCAAUAUGUAGAGAUAAAAGAAAAAAUAACGGCAGAUGUGUUAUAUAAAUAGAAUUAUGAUUAGUUAAGGUUCAUCACAAACUCAGAAUCUCUGAUUCCUGUCUCCAUACACAUGGAGUCAUUUCACCUUUGUAGUCAUAGUAUUCUCUCUGACGAAAUCUUAUCUUCAGAAAAUGCUAAUUUCUUAUUGUUUCUUAUUCUUAGUAAGAAACAAGUUUUUGUAUCUUAAAAUCAUUUCCAAAUUUAGAUGUAUGAAUUUUUCAACCAGCAAAAUUAUUUUUAAAAUGUAACUAUAUAUAAAAUUAUGCUUACAUUCCUUUCAAACUAAAACCAAUUAUUUCCCUAUUAAGGUAAGUUUUACAUGUAAUAGUCCUAUAAUGUUAUUCUCCUUAAAGAAUAAUUUACAGAAAAAAAUUUAAACACUUAUCUGAUCACUUCAGCCAUUACAGAGCAUAUAAAAGCCUAGCUUUAUAGAAAUACGAUACUUUGGAAAACAGAAUAAAAAAUGUCAUCUUGUUGA